AGGGUGAGGGCGGGAUAGAAGCUCUGAGUGGGAGGGAAGAACAGAAAGAUGUUGCCACUGGGGCAUUGGGUGAACAGCAGCCUGUAGAGACAGGAGCCUCCAUCCAUACCUUCGUUUCCUCUUCCUCAACACACUGCCUGCAGACAGGUAAGUAGCAGCCCCAGUGACUACCUAGGAGGCCUCUUCUAGCUGCAGUGGAGCCACAACCUACCAAGGAUCCACCACCUUCACUGAGCGCAUCAAUCGUGCAGGCAAGCAUCUUUCGUCCACCAGUCUCUGGGCAUUGCCCUGGCACCCUGAGUGAGAACUCUGUCUGGAUAACCAUUUGCUGCCAUGGAGCUUGCAGGCUCUACAUUGACGGCAACAUAUGCCCAUCCGAGACCAACACCCUCAAAUUUUCUGCCAGCCAUCAGCACCAUGGCCUCAAGCUACAAGAACCGAUUUCCUCACUAUGCUCUGACUCACAGCUUGAGCCUCCCUUGGAGACCCAGCGCCUAUUACAAAGUUGCGGCCAUCACUCCAACUCUGGCACCUUUCUCCAAGAGUUCACAAGGGCUCACUCCAAGCUACGCACUCCCCUUUGUUUCUAACCGAACAGCCCUUUUUACUAGGUACACGCCUGAUGACUGGUAUAGAUCUAACCUGACAAACUACAAGGAGUCAGAGGCAUCCCGGCACAAUGCCGAAAGGCUGAGGGUGGACACCUCCCGGAUGAUUCAAGACAAGGAUCAGCAGACGAGGAAAACCCAAACAGAAACAACAAAAAAUCUGGGAGAACGAGUCAAUGAUAUUGUGUUUUGGAAAUCAGAGCUCAACCACGAGAUCGAUGGAAUGAUUGGGGAGACAAAUGCUCUUACAGACAUGAAGAAACGACUGGAAAGAGCCCUGGUAGAAACUGAAGGACCACUGCAGGUAGCUCAGGAAUGCUUGCUUCAUCGAGAGAAGAGGAUGGGUAUUGAUCUCGUUCAUGAUGAUGUGGAAAAACAACUAAUGACAGAGGUUGAUGUCAUCCACUCUUGCCAAGAGAGAAUGAGAAGACAUUUGGAUAAGGCAGUGGCCCAGCUUGCAGCUGACCGGGCAGCCCAGCAUGAGCUGGAGAAAGAUCUGACUGACAAACAAACAGCUCAUCGAAUUGAUGACAAAUGCCACCAUCUCAGGAACACAUCUGAUGGCAUCAGCUAUUACCGUGGCGUGGAGCGAGUGGAUGCUACGAUUUCAGUGCCAGAAUCCUGGGCCAAGUUUACUGAUGAUAACAUUCUACGCUCCCAGAGCGAGCGGACAGCCUCCUCCAAACUCAGAGAUGAUAUUGAGACACUGCUAGUGGUGACAGCCAAUGAGAUGUGGAACCAGUUUAACAAAGCCAAUGUUGCCUUUACCAACCGCAUCUCCGAAACAGCAGAUGCUAAAAACAAGAUUCAGGCUCAUCUGGCAAAGACUCUCCAAGAAAUCUUUGAGACAGAGAUGACCAUAGAAGCCAUUCGGAAGGCGAUUAGGGACAAGGGGCCUCCCUUGAAGGUGGCUCAGACACGUCUGGACGAACGCACCCGUAGACCCAAUGUAGAACUCUGCCGGGACUCUGCCCAGUUACGCCUUGUGAACGAAGUCUAUGAAAUUGAUGAUACAAUCCAGGGGCUUCAGCAGAGGUUGAGAGAUGCAGAAGAUACCCUCCAGGCGCUGGUUCACACCAAAGCCAACUUGGAGCAUGACCUGGCUGUCAAAGCAAAUUCACUUUUCAUUGACCAGGAGAAAUGUAUGGGAAUGCGGAAGACCUUCCCCAACACCUUGAGGCUGGUGGGAUAUACAUAGGCUAAAGCCAACAUCAAAAAAACAUUUAGAGACGUGGGCACCCUGACUCAGUAAUAAAAAGUGUGUGUUGGGGAGGUUUGUUCUAUUGCACUUUUAUGAGUUUGUUUUUUUAAAUGAGAUGGUAUAUUUUCAUUUAUUAAAGAAUACUCCACACAGGACUUCAGCUA